CUCAGUUAUCGAGUGUAGGAUUAAUCUGAUAUCAUACACAUAAAAGAACCACGAGGAUUCUUCUGAAUAAAAAAAUUCAAAAUAUUUCACUAAUCAUGGCAGUGAUAAAACUUAUUAUACAGCAAUGUAUAUUUCUGCAGGUAUUUAUCUUAGUUGCUGAUUCUAUCGAAAGCAUAAAUAUGACGAAAUGCAUCUUCAUUACCAAAAAUAAACAGAAUGUUAAACUUUCAUGUGGACUUAAAGAAAGCCUAUACAUCAAAGAGGCAUUCUAUGGACAGUUCAAUACGAACAGUGGAAAUGAUGGUGAAUGUGAUAAUGAUGAUUCCCAUUGUAAACAGCGUAUUGCAGAGAACCUGUAUGAUUAUGCCAACCUGAGGUUUCCAAUGCCUAAAGAUGUAGCUAUAAGUGGUACCUGCACAGGAAGAAAAUAUAUGUUUGUAGAAUAUCAAUGUAUAAGUAAUCAAAACAGUCAUUCCCUUUGUGAUGAAAUUGAUGACAAAGCACUACAAGUCAUUUAUCUGAAGAACAAUAAUUUCCCCAAUUUUGACACAGCAAUCAAGGGGUCUUGCAGCUGUAUAAUCGAAGCACCACCCACAAACACAAUACAAAUCUACAGUUUAACAGCUGAGGAAGAUAAAAGAACAAACAAUUUUUCUAUAACUGAAAAUGGAAUGACCCGUUAUUCUGAAAUGAUAGCAGAUAUGCCAAAACUUGAGAAAUUACAGAAUGGGACAUUAUUAUAUGAGAGUUCAGGAUCUAUAGUUCUUAUAACAAUGAAGCAAAGAAAGAGAUCUAGGCGAUAUAAAUAUUAUUUCACUGCUAAAGCAAAUAAUGAUACUUCAUUGCUUAGACUGACAUGUGGGAAUACAGCUGAAGUUUGGAAAAAAUAUGAAUCUAUAUUCACCAUUAAACAGUCAUCAACAAGUGUGUUGUCAUCAACAUCUAUUGUGAUGUCUUCAACAACCAGCUGGAUGUCAUUAACAGCUAGCAUGAUGUCAACGAGCAAAGAAUCUGGUAUCCUAGUACAAAGCACUGAUCAACUAGACUUAGGUAUGAUUAUUGGAAGUGGACUUGGUUCCUUACUGUUCAUCCUCCUGGUUGGUAUUGCCGUGGUAUAUAUUUCAAAGCAAAGAGGUAAAGCAGAUAGUGAGCAGGAAGUUAUUACAGAGUCAUAUGAAACUCUUGACCUCUCUGAUGUUAACCAAUAUCAAGAUAUGAUCCCACACGUAUACAGUGAGCUGAAUCCAAUGACCCUUCUGGACCCACAACCAACCUAUGAAAACACAAUAGCGCAAGAUUCAGAGCCUGCUAAUGAAUAUGAAGUUAUCAAUUUUAAUACUGAAACUGAUACUGCACAUGACAGAAAUGAUGGAAUUGUUUGUGUUGGUCAAGAAGAAGUGAACUAUGAAAUAGUAUCUGGUGGUGCCAAAAUGUUGAAUAAGGAUAUAAAGCAGUGAUUUCCCAGGGCGCAAAGUAGUAAUUUCACAUAUUUUGGUCAAAAUAUCUCGACAUUUCAUACAUUUGGAAGGUUUUUGAUAGAGUGGAAUAUAAUUUUCAACAGAUAGCUAAAUUUCCCGCCAUUUUUCAAAAACAUAUUAAUCUUUUAACACCACUGUGAAGAUUAAACAAAGGACGUUCUGUUUCAAUAGUAAAGUGUCAUACCUUAUGUGCCAUUUAAAUGCGUUUUAGCGUGUGCAAA